CGCGCUGUUCUGACUCGCCAUCGCAGGAUCAUCGCAUUCUUCUCAGAGCCGACGCGAUCCACACACCGACAUCUUACACCACACGGAUAUUUACUCGAUACAGAGCAUCGCAGUUUGCUGGAAGCACACAGAAGAGGCGCAGAAUGGGCUGUCGAGAGCUUUUUAUAUUACUGAUGGCCGCGACAUCGACGCUCGCUGUUGAGGUUCCGUCGGACUCCAGUACCGGAUUGCUGGCCGAGCCUCAGGUCGCCAUGUUCUGCGGGAAACUCAACAUGCACAUCAACAUUCAGACGGGAAAAUGGGAACCCGAUCCGUCCGGAAGCAAGAGCUGCGUCGGGACAAAAGAGGGAAUCCUGCAGUACUGCCAGGAGGUGUAUCCAGAGCUUCAGAUCACAAACGUGGUGGAGGCCAAUCAGCCCGUCAGUAUCUGGGACUGGUGUAAGAAGGGCCGGAAGCAGUGCCGCAGUCACAUGCACAUCGUGGUGCCCUAUCGCUGCCUGGUCGGGGAGUUCGUGAGCGACGCUCUGCUGGUUCCUGAUAAGUGUAAGUUCCUGCACCAGGAGCGCAUGGACAUGUGUGAGAGUCACCUGCACUGGCACACCGUCGCCAAAGAGUCCUGCGGCGACCGCAGCAUGAAUCUCCAUGACUACGGGAUGCUGUUGCCAUGCGGUAUCGACCGUUUCCGUGGCGUCGAGUUCGUCUGCUGCCCUGCAGAAGUAGAGAAAGAGUUGGACAGCACAGCCGCGGAGGAGGACGAUUCAGACGUGUGGUGGGGAGGAGCCGAGAACGACUACAGCGACAACAGCAUGACACGAGACGCAGGAUCCGAGCCGGCCGUAGUGGAGGAUGACGAGGAUCCAGACGAGGAAGAGGAGCUUCUGGACAAUGACCAGGAUGGAGACGGAGACGAGGAUGAGGAUGAGAAGGAGGAAGAGGAGGAGCGCCAGAGCAUCAGCGUCGCCAUGACGACCACCACCACCACCACGACAGAGUCAGUGGAGGAGGUGGUGCGAGAGGUGUGUUUUGCGAGUGCAGAGACGGGCCCCUGCAGGGCCAUGUUGGCCCGCUGGUAUUUUGUGCGUGAGGAGGGCCGCUGCGCUCCCUUCAUCUACGGCGGCUGCGGAGGAAACCGCAAUAACUUUGAGUCGGAGGAGUACUGUCUGUCCGUCUGCAGCAGCGUCUUGCCGACUCCCUCCUCCAGUCCUCCGGACGCUGUGGACCGAUAUCUGGAGACGCCGGCCGACGAGAACGAACACGCACACUUUCUGAAGGCCAAAGAGAGUCUGGAGGCCAAACACCGCGAGCGCAUGUCUCAGGUGAUGAGGGAAUGGGAAGAGGCCGAGAGACAGGCCAAGAGUUUACCGCGCAACGACAAGAAGGCUGUGAUCCAGCACUUCCAGGAGAAGGUGGAGGCUCUGGAGCAGGAGGCGGCCAGCGAGCGGCAGCAGCUGGUGGAGACGCACAUGGCGCGGGUGGAGGCGCUGCUAAACGACCGAAGACGCCUCGCUCUGGAGAGCUAUCUGUCUGCCCUGCAGGCCGAUCCACCCCGGCCGCGGCACGUGUUCAGUCUGCUGAAGAAGUACGUCCGCGCCGAGCAGAAGGACCGACAGCACACGCUCAAACACUUCGAACACGUGCGCAUGGUCGACCCCAAGAAAGCGGCGCAGAUCCGGCCUCAGGUGCUGACCCACCUGCGUGUGAUCGAGGAGCGGAUGAAUCAGUCUCUUGGUCUGCUGUACAAGGUGCCCGGAGUCACUGAAGACAUUCAGGACCAAGUUGAGCUGUUGCAGCGCGAGCAGCAGGAGAUGUCGGCUCAGUUAGCGAACCUGCAGAGCGACGUGAGGGUGAGUUACGGUAACGACGCCCUGAUGCCCGACAGCACCGCCAGCCUCGACCUGCUGCCCUCUGAAGACACACAGGGCUUCAUCCACCCAGAGAGCUUCAACCAACCCAACACACAGAACCAGGUUGAGCCGGUGGAUGCGCGACCCGUCCCGGACCGAGGCCUGCCGACCCGACCAGUGUCUGGACUGAAGCCUGACGAUGUUCCUGAGCUGCGGAUGGAAGCUGAAGAGAGACACAGUGAAGUUUACCACCAGAAACUGGUUUUCUUCGCCGAGGACGUGAGCUCCAAUAAGGGAGCUAUUAUUGGCCUGAUGGUCGGAGGUGUUGUCAUAGCAACCAUCAUCGUCAUCACCCUGGUGAUGCUGAGGAAGAAGCAGUACACAUCCAUCCACCACGGAAUCAUUGAGGUGGAUGCUGCCGUGACCCCGGAGGAACGUCACCUGUCUAAGAUGCAGCAGAACGGCUAUGAAAACCCCACCUACAAGUACUUCGAACAGAUGCCCAACUGAUGGUGUGACGCUCCUCUUCCUCCCUGUUUCUCCUCCUCAUCAUCAUCUGCAGACGGUGCAGGAGACACCAGCCCAAACUCACCACUCAUUAACAUCUCACUUCCUAUUGGCCACUUCACAUGACUGUCAAUCAAACAUGACUUCCCAUUGGCUGGACGAAUAUGAACUCGGUCAGUUUCAAGUUGUUGAAGAUGCUGUUUCAGUCUGAAUGCAAAAUUCAGAUUGAACAUAUAAUUCAGAUUUAGUUUUAAAUUCACUGCAGAUUGUAAAACUGGGCUGGACGAGCAUGAACAUGAGUUUAAUGCUGUUGGGGUCAGUUUGAAGUUCAAUUCAGUUUAAACUGAACAUAUGAAGUUGAUUCACAUCAAAUUGAAUGCACGGUUCUGAAUUCACUCCAGAUUUUCAACUGUAAACUUCUGUUGGCUGGACGAACAUCAACUUUAUCAGAUGGGGUCAGUUUCAAGUAGAAUUGAAUGCACAAUUCAAAUCACAAAUAAAUCUGAAUGCAUAAUUCGAAUUUAGUUUUAAAUUCACUGCAGAAUUCGCAGCUCUGACCUUCCAUUGGCUAGAUGAAUAUGAACAUGAUCAGAUUAAUGCUGUUUUGUCUCAAGAUUCAGUUUGAGACUGAAUGGACAAUUCAAAUUCAGUUCAAAUUCGAAUCACUCAUACUGUUGAACUGAAUGCAUAAUUUCAAUUCAAAUCAAAUUGAUUGCAUAAUUUGAUUUCAAUUCAAAUCACAAAUUAAAUUGAACACAAUCUAAAUUCAAUUCACAAAUCGAAUUAAAUGCAUAAUUCAAAUUCAGUUCAAUUCACAAAUUAAAUUGAUCACCUAGUUCAAAUUCUCCUAAAUCAAAUGCCUAAUUCAAAAUCCGAUUGAUGCUGUUAGGGUCAAUUUCAAGUUCAGUUCAGUUUAAAUUGAAUAUUUUGAAGUUUGAAAAUUCAGUUUAAAAUUUGACUCAUCAAAUUCAAUCUACAGUUGUGAAUUCACUCCAGAUUUUUUAACCAUGACUUCUCAUUGGUUGGACAAACAUGAAGCUGAUAAUAUAAACGGUGUUGAGUUCGGUUUCAAGUUGAAGACUUAGUUUCAAACUGAAUGCAGAAUUCAAGCGUCAGAUUAAAUGCAUAAUUCAAAUGUAGAUUUAAAUUCACUCCCGUUUUCAACUAUGACUUCCAACUGGCUGGACCAACAUGAACAUGAUGAGAUUAAUACUUUUUGGGUCAGUGUCAAGUUCAGUGGAGAUUUAAUUGAACACAUAAUUCAAAUUCACUUUUAAAUAUGAUUUCAAAUCAAAUUCAGUGCACAGUUCUAUAUUCACUCCAGAUGUCGGCUGGACAAACAUGAAGAUGGUUAGGUUAAUCCUGUCGGUGUCCGUUUCAAAUUCGAAUCACAAUUCAAACUGAAUGCAAAAACCAAAUUUCACUCCAGAUUUUUUAACUGUGACUUACUACUGGCCUGAAUGUGAUGCUGUUAAGGUCAGUUUCAAGUUCAGUUAAACUUGAACACAAAGUUUGAAAAUUCUGUGAUCCACAUCAAAUUCAAUGCACGGUUCUGAAUUCACUGAAUUCGUCAUUCCCUAAACUGGCUGAAUCUGACCUGUUUACUGACCGCAUUCCUCCGUUACGAACCGUUAGUCCAGGUUCUGGUGAGUUGGGCUUCGUGUCGCUGCACCGUCUGCUCUCGCACUACUAACCGAGUGAAACACUGGGAUAUCUGAGGAUGAACGUCCGAGACUUUAUCCCGUCACACACACGUCUCCUCUCUUCCUCUUCCUCCUCUUCAUCGCACACUGACUGCAGCUGUGCUGUGUUUGGUGACGCAUUAAACCCGUCAGAGAUUAUUCUGCUGAUCGACGUCCUUCUGAAUGAGAUCUUCAAAAUGUUCGAUUGUUUCUGGUUUCUUUUUCCAAAAAAAAAAAAGUAAUAAUUGUAAAAAAGAAAUUUGCCAAAAAAAAUUUUUUUAGUUGUCGAUAUUUAAGUAAUGCAAAAAAAAAAAAAGAAAAGGCUAGUUGUAACUACAUAGUGCAUGAUAGAAAAAAUGACGGGAAAACUCUUCUGCUAUUUGGAUCUUGGUCUUUUCUCGUUUUAGCAGAAUUAAACAGUACCUUGUGAAAAUGUGAUUUGAGUUGCACAAAAAAUGACUCAAUUGGCUUCUGCUUCUGAUAGAACUUAAACUCAAUGAAAUGCUUUGAUUUCAAUAUCUGGUUGUUUUUUAAAUCCGGCUGAGAUCCUGUCGAUGUACAUUUACUGUCUUUAAUGUUUUCGUCCUAUGCAUUUCAGAGAUUUAUUUCCUCUUUCUUUAUAUUUAAUUUGAUUCUCCAUUGGACUCGUGGUUGUAUGUGUUUUUUAAGCGGGUGUUCGGG